AUGUCUGCACAGUCCGAUGAACUCACCCGAGUCGUCUGCGGUGCGUUUGACUCCCUUUCGGCCGCACGCAAGGCUCGUCUAUUGCUAGACAUGUCGCUCUCACUUAUUGAUACUGGACGGUACGGAGAUGAAGUCGAACAGUACUUGGAUGUGUAUUUGCGUACGCCAAGCUUACCCAAAGCAGACAUAACAGCAGCUCUACUGGCUCGCGGAAACGCUCGCAAAGCUGCUGCAGAGCGUCUCUUGGUCCAAGCGCAAGAGGAUUUCUCGGCGGUUGCUAGACUUGAUCCCGUACGCCCUGCCGUUCUAGGAUCUUCACGAAGAAACCAUACGAUCCACUUCGCGCAAGAACCUGCCUCCCGCCGUGCUCCUUUGGAGAUCUGGGAACACAUAGCACACUAUAUCCCGCGCCAUCACCUUCGAACAUGGCUCUUCGUAUCUCCGUUUCAUCGCAACAUUGCCUCGCGUCAGAUCUUCCAUUCAAUAGAUAUCUACUUCGGAGAGGACCAAGAUAACGUCAAUCGAGGAUUAGACAUCUUCGACCGUGUGAAGGCGGAUUCUGUGUUCGCGAAGCGAGUGAAGAGCCUGAGGCUACAUUGGGCUUACGAGGAAGGCGACAUCCUGGACCUAAUGUUGAGGCUCUUCCGCACAGCAAUACCUGCCUUCACAGGUCUGCACGAAUUCGAAUGGAUUGGAUACCCAGAAAUGCGCGCAGAUAUAGUGCAAGCAGUCCUCGCUAGCCAUCCCCGCCUCCAGAGCCUCGGACUGAUUGGAUGGCAUUUCGACGCCGUCGGCGUGUCCGCGUUCCGCGACCUGCGCAAGUUCUGCCUGCGCGCAGAGGACGACGACGGGCUCGCCGACAUGUGCGAGGUGCGGGCCGUGCUCGACCGCAACGCCCGCACGCUGCGCCACCUGACACUCGGCGCGCACCUGCACCGCCCGCACUCGUGGGACGGCGCGUUCGCGUCCGCGACGCUGCGCAGCCUGACGCACCUCGACCUCGUCGACACGCGCCUCUCGCCCGCCGUGCUCGCACGCAUCACGCACGCGCGCGCGCUCCGUACGCUCACACUGCACGGCACGCUCGACGACCCGGCCGCCGCACGCGUGCUGUUCGCGAGCGACCUCUGGCACGCCGCGGACGGGCAGCACGAAGUGUUGCCCUGGCUCGAAGCGUUCCGCUUCGUCAUGGUCGGACACGACUUUGACACCGCGCUCUUCGAGGCCGUCGUGCGCUUCGUGGGACAUCGCCCACGGUUGAGGCGGCUCGACCUGGGGAGCUGCCCGUGGGACCUCGUGCGCGACGCACUACCAGGGCUGACUGGCCUGCGCGUGCUCCGCGUGCAGAUGGCGUCGAUCGACAGCGCAGCCGCGGCCGAGCUCGUGCUGGCGCUUCCGCGCGAGAUGGUUGCGCUGCACGUCGCCGCGGCCGUGUCGCUCGCUCCAAUAAGCGACUGUGCCCCAGCGUUCCGCCGCCUGUCUUCCCUCUCGAUGCUGCACCUCCGCGUGCUCCCCGCGCACCGCCCACAGCCAAACCUCCUCUCUGAAAAGGAGUUUGCGCUGCAGACCGAGCGUUGGACUGCGGGCGUGAGCGCGGUCGCGCGUGCGCUCCCUUCGCUGGACUUUGUUGGCUGGCACGGCGAGCACUACGUUGUCGUCCGCACCCAGUCGGGCGCAAGCUAUCCAUCGAGAGUUGAGCUGGAGCAGCUGCCCGAGCGGCGGAGACUAGAUUGUGGGAAGGGUGUGGACCUGGGGAGUGAGGACGCGGCAUGGAUGGAGAGGAAGGAUGUACCGAUAGACUACGAUAUGACUGGGACGGAAUCAUCACAUAUGCAUUGGUGA